UUUCCUCUCACCUUGAACUGUGACUUCAAUGGCUCUGGAGCCCUUGGUCUCUUCUUAGCCUGAUUCCCACCUGUCUCCAGCGUUCCUGGGAAGUAACAUGUGCUCCCAAAGCUUGAAGCCGUGUCUGGCUCUGGAACUUCUACUGCUCUUUCAUUUGGUCUUGCCAACCAGCACUCAAGGUCAUUCAGAAAAUCGGCUGACUGCCAUCUCUGGCACCAACGUGAGUCUGCAAAUCUCCAAUUUGCCUGCUAAGUACAAACAACUCACCUGGUUUUACACCACCAGUCAGAAGAUUCUAGAAUGGGAGUCCAACCAGACUAUUCUCUUCAACUCUAAGUUUAAGGGCAGGGUCAGUCUUGGUCAAAGCCAUGAUCUGUGCAUCCAUAAUGUCCAGAAAGAGGACAGCAACACCUAUAUCCUCAGGGUGUUGAUGGAGUCUGGGACAGAGAAGGAGUGGCAUAUCCCACUGGAGGUAUACGAUCCUGUACCCAAACCUGAGAUAGAAAUCCAGAAGACACAGGAAGUGAACAAUAGAUGUCACCUACAGCUCUCGUGCAGGAUCCCGGACCGGCUCAUGAACUAUACCUGGUAUAGGGACUCAGGGCCCUUUUCAACAGGGCUUCAGAAUUCUGUGCUUGAAAUCGUCGUUGAGCCAAAUAACUACUCCACGUUUUACACCUGCCAAGUCAGCAACCCCGUGGGCAGCAAGAAUGACACUGUCUAUUUCACCUCACCUUGUAAACUGGGGACAAUGGAACCUGGACAUUCUUCUUCAUUCUUCCCACCUGACUUGCCAUGCCUCUUCUAGUCUGUCCUGCCACCACAGACCCUAUGUGACAGUUUGGUAUCUGACCAUGAGACCACCUUCAUAUCAACACCACAUCCUGAGAUCCAGAAAAAGAAAGAGAGACAGUCCCUGUCCUUUAUAAAAUGAGGGUGACUGCUCAUCUACAAUGAGGAUGAAAAAAAUACUAAGGCCAUUUUUUUGGAAGGGCAAGUCCAAUCUUUUCACUCUUUAGCCACCCAAAUUGUCCUAGAAAAGCAUCCCUCAUUUCCCUCCCCUACUGUAUCACUCAUUCCCUUUUUCAUUUUCUGCUUCCUUUCCUAUCCUCUCCUCUUACUCCUUC